AUGUGCAAACCAACAACGACCACCACCAGUGAAGCACUUCCGCCUCCGGACGCUCGACUCUUUCUCGCCACCGUCAAGGAUUUUGGAGAAGACGAAUAUGGGAGAACCCCCACAGUCCAGGCGAGAUUGUUUACGAUUGGAGUCUUUGUGGUCUUUUUGAUUGGGGUGGAGCAGCUAUGUCGUCAGAUUCUAUUGGCAAAUGUGGAUUUCCAUCCACUAUUGGAGAAUGAAACCAAUCGUCACAUUCUGGCGCGACAUGUGGGAAUUGAUUUCGUAUCGGCGGCCGUGGUCAGCUACUUUGGUUUCAAUGCCCGGCACCUUACCCAAGACAUGAUUGACAAACACUUGAGAGGCAAGAAGAAUGCCAUGCCCAAGACGUACGAGAAUCGUUUGUUUCAAUACCAUCCCGAAUCGGCACGAAUCAUUUUGUUAUUCAUUGGAUAUCAAGUCAAGAAUUCGUACGAUACCCUCGUAUGGAACGACGGGGCCUUGUUCAUCGCCCAUCACAUUCUCGCCUUUGGUACGGCAUGGGGCGCCCUCUUUCCAGGAGCCGCCCAUUAUUACGCACCCUUUUAUCUGGGAUAUUCCGAAAUUUCGACGGCGGCCCUGUGUUUGUUGGCCAACUUUGACGAUGAUUUUGGUGUGCGAGGUUUGGCAGCGGCCUUUCCCCUGACCAAGGUGAUUUUGGGAGCCAUCUUUGCCGUUUCCUUUAUCGUGUGUCGGGUCAUUAUUUGGACCACCCAUAGUGUCUAUUACUUGCAAGAUGUGAUUGCCUGUCUCAAGACGGACGAUCCUAGGAUUGUUGGACGCAAACCGUGGUUGCAAUUCACUGGAUUCUCUCUUUCACUAUUGUCUCUCCUGCAGAUUAUUUGGUUGGGAGAAAUCUUUCUCACGGGAAAGAGAGAAUUGGAAGCCAUGGGGUUCUUGUAG